AUGUUCGGAGAGGGUCGCGAGGAGGCAGCUCGCCUCUACGUUCCCCCUCUACUCGAGGAUGAAGAUGACGAGCGCAUCGUCAACCCCGACACUUCCGAGGAUCUACCGCCGCCCGAUGUUGAGGCGGGUGGAAGCGCUUUGCCCGUCUGGCUACAGGAGUCAUCCAAGUCCUUUCGCUGGGGCUGGGUACCACUGCCACUGAGAAAGGCCGGUCGCGCGACGGCGCACUGGAUCAAGGGCCCCAAUCCUCCCCACAUGCUAUUAUUGAAGCCGCUCUUCCCGCGCAUACAGGAACUGCCGGUUCAGUACCUCGACCACUUCUUCCCUAAGCGCAAGCACAAAGUCUCACUCCUCGUCCUGCUCUAUGUAUCUUGGUUCCUACCCUGGUUCUUGGUACUUGUCCACUCGCGCUCAUCUGGAUACAUCGAAGGCUACGGCCGGCUACAGACACUAUCAUGUCGAACGAAUCUCUGGGAAUUCGAUAACGGAUGUGGCCUCAAUGGCAACGGAUGCCGUCCAUUCUCUUCCUCGACUAUCGCUUUCCGGUGCCCUGCGAACUGUAUAGAUGAGAAGCUUCUCGAGCCUCAUGUUGUUGGGAACCAAACAUUCAAUUAUCAGGGUCUCGUAGUUGGAGGCCCCCAACCCCAUUCAUCCGAACCCGCUAUCUAUCGCGCGGACAGUUUUGUUUGUCAGGCAGCCAUACAUGCGGGUACCAUCUCCAAUGAUGGUGGAUGUGGCGUCGUGAAGCUCGAGGGCGCGGCGCAUUCAUUCCCAUCGGUCAAGCAGAAUGGCAUUCAGUCUGUGGCCUUCCCAUCGACUUUCCCCAAGGCUUUCAGCUUCCUUCAGUUGCGCUCGUCGCAAGCCAAUUGCCCCGCUGACCCGCGCUGGUCGCUCCUGGGCGUUACCGCGGCUGCUGUCGGGCUCCUCUGGCUGUUCUGCACCUCCCCGCCUGUUUUGUUCUUCAGUACAUUCUUCAUGGUAUUCUGCCACACCGGAUUGGUUGCAGACCCGCCGUCUUACCCUUACCUGAGUGACCUCGUUUCCACUCUCUUGUCUCGACUGCUCCCCGCAUCGUUCGUGGUCUAUGUGCUGUUCAAGUUCUGUGUGAACCCGCUUCUCCAUCCGAUCUCAUCGCCAAUUUAUCAGUUCUCCAAACUAUUCCUGUAUCUUCCGGCACUCUUCAUUGGAGCUUUGAACAAUUAUACUUUUGCGCGAUUGAUCCCCCUCCAGCGCCUGACCCCCAUGGACAUUCAGCAGCAGCCUGGCGCCAAAUUGGCGCUCGCCAUUGUCAUCCCAGCCGUGCUCACGAUCGUUCUUACCCAAGCAUGGCAGAUCCGCCAGGGUGGACUGCUCCCCCGGUACCUCAAGAUCUAUGGCACCAUGCUUCUAUUCAUCUUGAUUCUGGCCCCACUUCCUGGUCUACGACUCCGCAUCCAUCAUUACAUUUUGGCGAUCCUGCUGAUGCCAGGAACUGCUUUCCCCACACGUCCUUCAUUGAUCUACCAAGGACUGCUCCUUGGUCUAUUCAUCAACGGUGUUGCUCGAUGGGGCUUUGCUUCAAUCAUCGAAACCCCUGCUGCCCUGGGAGAAUUAGCUCCGGGCCGCAGUGGAAACAGCGGAUGGUGGGGUGCUUCAUAUCCUAAUAUCACCGAUUCCUCUGUCGAGAUUUCGCUACCUGGUUCAGGAUCCAAGGAGACUUAUCGCGGCAAUGGCAACAUCACAUUCACGCUUUGGGAACACGAGCGCAUGACACAACUGGCCGUGGAUGGCGUUUCGGUCUUGCUGAAUGACGUGGAGCGCUGGCGUGGUUAUCUGGAUGAGGACGAGCUAGGUGAAUUCACUUGGCACCGCCGUGGCCAUGAGGGCUUGGAGCUGCCUCAUGAUGAGCCUCUUCUGGAUCGUCGGGACCUUUCGGACUCUACAUUUGAUACUCAGUCUGUUCUACUGGCCGAUAGUGAUCCUGAUGAUGAGCCUGAAGAUUUGUUCUUCCGUUUUGCAUUCUUGCGGGGCUCCGAGCCUGGUCACUACGGACCCGCUGCAGUCUGGCGCAGUGAUGGAUCAUGGAAACCGCCAUCUUCUCCGAAAUAG